AUGUUGGCCUCCGGUUUGCGGAAUGUAGCUCGACGGCCCGGCUGCUGCUGCUGCUGCCGAAUAUCCCCUUUCUCAGCCUUCGCCGCCGCCGCCGUCGCCGGUACUACAGCUACCGCAGGCUUCAACCUCUCCCGUCCCGUAUCCCGAUCCUUUGUUGCCGCGCGCGCAUUGCAAUCCGCAAGAAUGGCUUCAACAACGACAUCCCUCCCAAGGAUCCCUCUCUUCGAGGCCAUUUCCCGGCAUGACCCCGAGUCCACGGCUGUUAUUCACUCCUUAUCCGGCCGCCGCUUCAAGUACGGAGAGCUCCUGGGUGACGUACGCCGCACGCGGAACAAGCUCUUAGACUCAGCGGGCAAGUCAGAUCUUAAUGGCGAGCGCAUCGCAUUCUUGGUAGAGAACAGUUACGACUAUGUAGUGACCCUCCUCGCUGCCUUUGCCGCGCGGUCAAUCGCCGUACCUCUUUCUCCAGCCUUCCCCGCCGCCGAGCUCCAGUAUAUUCUAAACCAGAGCGAAGCGUCGCUGCUCGUGUCUUCGGCCAAGUUCGCCGCAAAAGCAAAGGAGGUUCUUGCUACAGAGCUCCUCUCAAGCCCGACGCAAGUCGAACUACAGAAGCAUCUCGGUGGCAGCGUGCAUGAGCAAGUUGAACUAGAUAAUUCCGAUGCUGACGGCGCAGGCAUGAUGCUGUACACUUCAGGCACCACCAACCGACCAAAAGGUGUCCUUCUCCCCCAAUCCGUCCUCACGGCGCAAUCCAAAUCCCUAAUCGAAGCAUGGAAUUACACCCCCGCGGACCACCUCCUCCAUGUCCUCCCCCUACACCACAUCCACGGCACGGUCAACGCCGUCCUCACGCCGCUCCUGUCAGGCUCCACGAUCGAGUUCAUGUUCCCCUUCAACGCCGACGCAGUCUGGAAGCGUCUCGCCGCGCCCUAUAUUACCUCCAGCGGUACAAACGGUACCAACGGUACCAACGGGGUUAACGGGACCAACAGCACAAACGGGACACACAAGAACAUCGCAAAGGAGAAGAUCACCUUCUUCACCGUCGUGCCAACAGUCUACUCUCGCCUCCUCGCAACCCACAAACUCCUCCCUCUCGACCCUGCGGAGCCCACACGAGAAGCCGUCUCCCCGCGCAACAUGCGCCUCGCCAUCUCCGGCUCGGCCGCUCUCCCGACGCCCAUCAAGGAGGCCUGGAAGACUCUGUCCAAGGGCAACGUCCUCCUCGAACGUUACGGCAUGACGGAGGUCGGCAUGGCCCUCUCCUGCGGUCUCGAUUUCGCCGACCGCGUCGACGGCAGCGUCGGCUGGCCCUUGCCCGGCGUCGAAGCCCGCCUCGUCGACAUGGACACCGGCUCCGUCAUCCCUCUCGGCGAAGACGUCGACCCCAAAUCGGGCCGCGAGCGCUCCGGUGAAAUCCAGCUCCGAGGUCCCACAAUCUUCAAAGAGUACUGGCGCAACCCCGAGGCGACGGCCAAGGAGUUCGUCGAAGGCGAGGACGGCAAGGGGAAAUGGUUCAAGACGGGCGACGUCGCCGUCCGGAGACCGGUCCCGAACGCGGGGCUCAACGCCGCGCAGGCGUCCUGGGCCAGGGGCGACAUGUACUUUAUCCAGGGCCGCAAGAGCGCCGACAUCAUCAAGACGGGCGGCGAAAAGGUCAGCGCCCUCGAGGUCGAGCGCGAGCUGCUCUCCCUCCCCGAGGUGGCCGAGGCCGCCGUCGUCUCCGUCCCCUCGGGGAAGUGGGGCUCCAAGGUCGGCGCCGUUGUCAUCCUCAACACGGACGUCGUCCCACACUGGUCCCCGAUGGCCAUGCGGAGGGCCCUCCGGGAUCGGCUCGUCAACUACAAGAUUCCCCAGGUGCUCAAGGUCGUCGACCACAUCCCGCGCAACGCCAUGGGCAAGAUCAACAAGAAGCAACUAGUCCAGGCCGUCUUUGAGGACCAGUUUAGCGGUGAUGAGUUGUAA